AUGGCCUCUAAACCCGUGAACUUGGUCAUCAAACCUAGAGGACGCACAAUCAAGAAGCUUCCCAACGAGGCCACGACCUAUCUGCAGGGCAGCACCGCAGACCUCUACCAGCGCAUUGCCGCCGAGUCUGGCAUUUCGGUCCAUCGUCUGCGCCUGACCAAGGGCAGUGAUGGCUCUCUCGUACCCAACGCAAAGGACUUUACCGUCGAGCGCACCGGUCUACGCAGCGACAGCGUCGUCUACGUGAAAGACCUGGGUCCGCAGAUUGCCUGGCGCACCGUCUUCAUCAUCGAGUACCUAGGCCCGCUGCUCAUCACCCCUCUCGUCUACUACCUGCGCCCCUACCUGUACAAGAAUGCUCCCGCCGAGCCAACAUACCUGCAGUCCCUCUCGUGCAUCAUGCUAGUCCUGCACUUUGCAAAGCGCGAGUUUGAGACCGUCUUCGUGCAUCGCUUCUCCAGCGCUACCAUGCCUGCCCGCAACAUCUUCAAAAACUCUGCCCAUUACUGGGUCCUGGGCGGUGCCAACAUUGCCUACUGGAUCAACUCUCCCACUGCUCCCACUGCCCGUCCUUCGAACCCCUUGAUCACCUCCCUCGCCAUUGCUCUCUUCAUCAUUGGCGAGCUGGGCAAUCUGAACACGCACUAUGUGCUGCAUAACUUGCGCAGCACUGGCGGCACCGAACGUGGCAUCCCGAAGGGUCUAGGCUUCGAUCUUGUGACAUGCCCCAACUACAUGUUCGAGACUUUGGCGUGGGUCGGCAUCUGGUUGGCGUCAUGGAGCUUGAGCACUGGUCUUUUCGUUGUUGUGGCUGUGGGCCAGAUGGCUCUUUGGGCAAAGAAGAAGGAGCGCAGAUACCGCAGCGAGUUUGGUGACAAGUACCAGAAGAAGAGGUUCGCCAUGCUUCCUGGUCUUGUGUAG